UGUCACUCCGGGUUACGCAGCUUCUCACCAACAACGCAUGCUCCACGAGCCCCUCCGCACUGUGGAUGCCCGCCUCGGUGAUGCCAUGCCCCGCAACCACAGCGGAGACGAAGGCGGCGGCACCGGGCUCUGGAUGAGGACGUCGCCGGGCCACCGCGCCGAGGGCUCCGGCCUGAAAGAUGUCGAGUCCGGGCGGAAGACGAUGAGCACCGCGGGGGACGGGCUGCUGUCGGCAGGUGCCGCCGCCGGCGGGUCGGAGAGCCUGCGCGGGAAGCGGGGAGCCCGGCUCAGCCUCCUGGGGAAGCCGCUGAUCUACAGCGCGCAGAGCGGCCGGAGGACCGCGCACUACCGGCGGCUCCAGAACUCCCUGUACAACGUGCUGGAGAGACCCCGAGCCUGGGCGUUCAUCUACCACGCCUUCGUGUUCGUGCUGGUCUUCAGCUGCCUGGUCCUCUCGGUGUUCUCCACCAUCCCCGUUCACCAGGACUUCUCCUCCUACUGCCUCCUCAUCCUGGAGUUCGUGAUGAUCGUGGUGUUCGGGCUGGAGUACAUCGUGCGCGUCUGGUCGUCCGGAUGCUGCUGUCGCUACAGAGGAUGGCCGGGACGCCUCCGCUUCGCCCGCAAGCCGUUCUGCGUCGUAGACAUCAUCGUGCUCAUCGCCUCGGUGGCCGUGGUGUCGGCCGGUAGUCAGGGGAACAUCUUUGCCACCUCGGUGCUGCGGAGCCUCCGCUUCAUGCAGAUCCUCCGCAUGGCGAGGUUGGACCGCAGGGGAGGAACCUGGAAGCUGCUGGGCUCAGUGGUGUACGCCCACAGCAAGGAGCUGGUGACCGCCUGGUACAUCGGCUUCCUGGUGCUCAUCUUCUCCUCGUUCCUCGUCUACCUCGUGGAGAACAAGUUCAACAAGGAGUUCGCCACCUACGCCGACGCCCUGUGGUGGGGCACGAUCACCUUGACAACCAUCGGUUACGGGGACAAGACCCCGAAGACGUGGACCGGCCGGAUGUUGUCUGCAGGCUUCGCCCUCUUGGGAAUCUCUUUCUUCGCCUUGCCGGCUGGCAUCCUGGGCUCCGGCUUUGCCCUGAAGGUCCAGGAGCAGCACCGCCAGAAGCACUUUGAGAAGAGGAGGAACCCGGCCGCCCACCUCAUCCAGUGCGUCUGGCGUAGCUAUGCAGCCGAAGAGAACUCGGUUUCCAUAGCAACGUGGAAGCCUCACCUGAAGGCGCUGCACACCUGCAGCCCCACAAAGAAGGAGUCGGGGGAGUCGUCCACCAGUCAGAAGCUGAGCUUCAAGGAGCGCGUGAGGAUGGCGAGCCCCCGCGGUCAGAGCAUCAAGAACCGGACGGCGUCGUCCUCGGUGACGGAGCGGCGCUCCCCGGUGGCCGAGGCGGCGCCGGAGGGGGCGAGCCCCCCCAAGGUGCACAAGAGCUGGAGCUUCAACGACCGCACGCGCUUCAGGCCCUCGCUGCGCCUCAAGAGCCAAUCACGCUCCACCACCGACGCAGCAGACUCCAGCGUGGGGGGGGAGGACGUCUCCGAUGAGAGAGGCUGCCACUGUGACGUCUCGGUGGAGGACCUGCUGCCCUCCAUCAAGGCUGUGAUCAGAGCCAUCAGGAUCAUGAAGUUCCAUGUGGCCAAGAAGAAGUUCAAGGAGACGCUGCGUCCCUACGACGUGAAGGACGUGAUCGAGCAGUACUCGGCCGGCCACCUGGACAUGCUGAGUCGCAUCAAGAGCCUGCAGACCAGGCUGGACAUGAUCCUCGGCCCUCAGCCUCUCAGCAGUCGAGCCAAAACCUUUUCCUCCCCCUCCCUGCCUGUGUAUUACAGCCAGGGCAGGAAGAGCGCCACCCAGGGAGUGGACCAGAUCCUCGGCCGUGGUCCGGUUCCCCUGAACAAGAAGCUGGUGUCUGACGGAGACGUCCUGGAGGACGUCAGCAUGCUGGGCUGCGUCUGCAGGGUGGAGCGCCAGGUCCAGUCCAUCGAGUCGAAGCUGGACUCGCUGCUCGACAUCUACCGCCAGGUGUUGCGUAAGAGCUCCUCCUCCCUGCCUCUGUUGGAGCUGCAGCCGACCUCCGACCUCCACUCCUCCUCCGUGUUCGGCAAAGACCUCCAGACCUCCGGCGGAGCGCCCCCUGCUGGCGGCGACGCCCACCUCCACCUCAUCCUGGCGCCGCCCAACGAACUCCACCUCAACGCCUCCUCGUCCAGCCCGGCGGCGGCGCCUCAUCCUCACCACCACCACCGUUACCACGGCCAGGCCGCCGCGCCUGAGGGCGGCCCCGACGAGGCCGCGGGGGCCUCCUCGCCCCUCCUCAGCCCGAAUCCCUUCUGCGGAGGAGGAGGAGGAGGAGAGUUUCCUCUCCUGGCGAGGCUUCCUCCUCCUCCUCCUCCUCCUCCCAGCCGGAGUGGAGGCCAAGCCAAGCUGUCCCCGGACAUGGAGGACUUCUGUAGGAGCUUGAGAAUACAGAUGGAGGGCAGCAGCUUUGGGAAAGGCCUCGGGUCGGCGGGGUCGGGGGGGUCGGGGGGGCGGGACCAGCGCAGCACCGCCAGCAGGCUGAAGGAGGAGCUCACCUGGAGGAGGAACAUGAGCCUGGAGCUGCAGCCGGCCCCCGACCCGGCGGCCCCGGGGCCGGGCGAGUCCACGCCGGUGCAGGACCUGCUGCAGGCGGCGCCGCUCCACGCCCACCACAGCCUCUCCUCGCCGAGCCCCAGCACGGGCAGCGACUCCCCCGUCGGAGGAGGAGGAGGGAGGAGGAGUGGUGUAGGUGGGUGGGGGGAGGAGGACCUCUUUAUCAGCGACCGGGACCUGGAGGCGUCGGGGUUUGACUUCCUGUCCCUGGGCGCCGCCGAGGCCCACAGCUCCUCGGCGGAGCUCCUGAAGACUGACGGCCGAGCCGGGUCGGGGUCCCGGGGGUCCGACCGCCGCCCGGCCGGCGGCCGCACGCCGUCGCCCCCUGCUGGCGGCAACGAGACGAUGAACACGCCGCACGUGAGGCUACAAUAAACUCGCCUUCAGGAGCCGGCCUCAACACAGAGACCAGCUGUGUCCUCUGGGGGGGGGCUUUGUGGUUUGUUUGCAUCCAUUUGAUAAGAAAACAGUAUUUUCAUACAGGCUGAUAUAUGAUUGCAUAAGUUACUGUUAGUUCAAAGUGUGUAGAUUAAAGGGGAGGAGCUUAUCCCUGUGGCCUCAACGCUGCAUGUUUGUAUUCAACGGAACCGAGAUUAUAAAGACACCGUUUACGGAAAAGAUGGGACUUCAUUCUUAAAUGCACACACCUACAUGUACACACCUACAUGUACACACCUACAUGUACACACCUACAUGUACACACCUACAUGUACACACCUACAUGUACACACCUACAUGUACACACCUACAUGUACACACCUACAUGUACACACCUACAUGUACACACCUACAAGUACACACCGACAUGUACACAACUACAUGUACACACCUACAUGUACACACCUACAAGUACACACCUACAUGUACACACCUACAUGUACACACACACAUGUACACACAUACAUGUACACACAUACAUGUACACACACACAUGUACACACCUACAUGUACACACCUACAAGUACACACCGACAUGUACACACCUACAUGUACACACAUACAUGUACACACCUACAUGUACACACCUACAUGUACACACCGACAUGUACACA